AUGGUACCUCCACCUAUUUCACCGAACGAUCCACCUCUCCCAGGUUCGACACCAUCAGAACCCCCUCCACCAUACUCCCGCACCGACCAGACCACUGGAGGUACUUCAGCAUCGAGUUCAAGUCGUCCUGCACAAGAUGCUUCCCAUCUCCAAGUUCCACGCCCUCAUAAGGUCCGCAAUGGCAUUCCAGCAGCUGCCCGACGAUCAAUGGAAGAUGAAGCAAGACCUCUCCCUGAAGGUUGGGUCAGACAGUUCGAUGCCGCCUCCCGCCAUCAAUUCUUCGUCGACACCCGCCGGAAUCCUCAUCGCGCAAUUUGGCACCAUCCAUACGAUGAUGAGGAAUACAUGAGCAGUCUCCCCCACGAAGAGCGUUCUCGAAUCCAAUCCCUCCACCGCGUCCCAACCGAUGCAGAUAUCCAAGCCGAGAGCAGCGAUCCGGACACAGAUAACGAACAUCGUCUGCCACCGCGCGAAGAAAAACCUAAAGGUGUAUCCAAAUUCACGCGCAAAAUGAAGGAUAAGAUUACCUCUUCAACCCACGAGGAACGAGAGCGGGCUCGGGAACAACGUGCCCGUGAAGAACAAGCUGCGUAUGAGAGACACCAGCAUAUUCGCAAUUGUAUGGCAAAGGCGAUUGAAACUGGUCAACCGCAAUUACUAGGCAAGGACAAGCAAGGCAAGGAUGUUUAUAUCGAGCCACCUCCACGAGGUAUGGGAUAUGGUAUGGGCGGUGGUAUGGGUGGAAUGGGCGGAAUGGGAGGGUAUGGAAUGGGUGGUGGUUAUCCUGGCCGCAUGGGUUAUGGUGGUGGUGGUUACGGUUGGGGUGCUGGUCCUUAUGGACCUAACUCUAUGAUGUUAAGACCGAAUGUUGGGUAUGGAAGACCUUACGGCGGAGGAUAUGGGGGAGGUAUGGGAUUGCCUCUUGUAGGUGGUUUGGCUGGUGGUGCUUUAUUGGGGAGUUUGAUGUUCUGA